UCUAAUCUCAAUGACAACUUAAAGACAUCCGAAAGGCAUUUCAAAUUUUGAGGCUAUGUAAUAUUUAAAGUUUAAAUUUUAAAAGUUUAAAUGCAAAAAUUAUAUAGGAAUGGCAAAAUACCUUGCUCAACUAAUAGUCGCCGGUGCACAAGUUGUGGGUAAAGCUUUUGCUAGAGCGAUUAGACAAGAAAUAGAAGCAUCUCAACAAGCUGCUCAAAGAUUGAAUAAUGCCAAAACUAGGACCGAAAGAGUAGUAAAUCAAAAACUAGGACUAUCUUUAGAAGAAGCUAAACAAAUAUUAAAUAUUACAAAAUUAACUAGAGAGGAAAUUGAUGAAAGGUAUAACACCCUAUUUAAGGCAAAUGAAAAAACCUCUUUAUAUUUACAGUCAAAAAUUGUUAGAGCCAAAGAAAGAUUAGAGCAUGAGCUCUCGAAUCCACAGGAAAAUGCGAAGCAGAGAAGUAAAGAAGAUAUUAGUAGUGGUAAUCCAACAUAGUUAAUAAAAUUUAUUAAAGUAGUAAAAUGUUUA